CUGGAGGCUGUCGGCUACAAGGCGAUCACCCCCGAGGAGGUGUUCGGCAAGGGAGCGAAGGCGCUCGGCCCCGCCGACGUGCCGGUCGACGCGGUGGUCGAGUACGCCGGCGAACGAAGCGACUUGGCGCUGCAGGUCGCCGAGGGUCAGCGCGCCCAACUCGUCCGCGACGGGCUCGAGCCGCUCUACCGCGACCUCGAGCUGCCGCUCGUGCCGGUGCUGGCCGACCUGGAGCGCGCCGGCGUGCGGCUCGACGUCGAUGCACUGGCCGUGCAGUCGGUGGCGAUGGACAAGCAGUUGUCGGCGCUGCAGGCCGAGAUCCACGCUCUCGCCGGCGAACCCUUCAACAUCAACUCGCCGCGGCAGCUCUCGACCAUACUCUUCGACAAGCUGCAGCUCCCGUCCCGGAAGCGCACCGGCAAGACGAAGGCGGCCUCCACGUCGGUCGACGUGCUCGAAGAGCUCGCCCUCGUCCACGAGCUGCCGCGGAGAGUGUUGGAGUGGCGCAGCCUCGCGAAGCUCAAGGGGACCUACGUCGACGCGCUGCCGCAGCUCGUCAAUCCCGAGACCGGACGGCUGCACACGUCGUUCAACCAGGCGGUGGCGGCGACCGGGCGGCUGAGCAGCCGCGAUCCGAACCUGCAGAACAUCCCGAUCCGGACCGCCGUCGGCCGCGAGAUCCGCGGCGCCUUCACCGCACCGCCGGGGGCGGUCCUGAUCUCCGCCGACUACUCGCAGAUCGAGCUGCGGGUGCUGGCCCACCUCUCCGGCGACCCGAACCUGACCGGCGCCUUCGAGCGGGGCGAGGACAUCCACGCUCAGACCGCGUUCAAGGUCUUCGGAGCCGACAGCGGACUCGACCCGCACGAGCUGCGGCGGCGGGCCAAGAUCGUCAACUACGCCCUGCUCUACGGCAAGACCGCCUUCACCCUGUCGUAUAGGACAUUUGCAUCGCGCGGUCGCGCCAAGCGCACGAGAGCGAUUUCAUCGAUCGCUUUAUCUCGAGGUGCUUCCAAGCCCGUCCGCGCUCUUACCUGGCAGCGCAUGGGCGCCAUCCAUGAAGCGGGCGAUGAUCCGACGGUGCACGCCGAGCCCGCCACCCGAUCGCUACGGAUUGAUCCUGACGGCCACGAAGAGCUGCUGUCCGAGCUCGAGUCGCACGCGCGGAGGUGA